GACCGUCUGUCAAGCAAGUGACAGUUGUUGUCGUUGUCUCGCCUCUCGCAUCAAAUUGCAAACAUAACUUUUUAGCUUUACUGAAAACGAUAUUUAAAAAUGGCGACAGAAGUAGAGGAAACUAUCAAAAGAAUUCAAGCCCACAAAGGUGUAAUCGGUGUCGUCAUCGUAAAUCACGAAGGCAUUCCAAUUAAGAGUUCUUUGGAUAACGCGACUUCUGUUCUAUAUGCUGGAUUGAUCGGUCAACUUACAGAAAAAGCUAAAAAUGUUGUCCGUGAAAUGGAUUCUACAAAUGAGCUUACAUUUUUAAGAGCGAGAAGUAGAAGGCACGAGAUAUUGAUUGCACCGGAUCGGGAAUUCAUAUUAAUAGUCAUUCAGAACACAUCAGACUAGUCUGUUUAUUUAUAAGAUCAAUUAAGCUUAAAUGUAAUUUUCUUCGCAAUUAUAGUAUUGCACCAACAUUCUGAAGCCACAGAACAAUGUCUCUUGUCUGACCACUUGAUAUUACCUUGGGAUACUUAUUUGUUUGUAGUCCAUUAUAGUGCAACACUAACUACUUCUUGUGGCUUUACCUUCAGUAAUUGAGUAUGCUAUGCUUUUAAUAUGUAUAUCUCAAUAGCCAUGAUGCUCCGAAAGAUCAGUGCUAUUUAAAAUUAAAUUUGGUACAGUGAAAUUUUAAGCAUAUAUUGUUACUUGAUAAAUAAUUUAAAAAAUAUAUCUUUUCUGUGCAUUUUUGUGCAGACAACAUUGCUUUUUUUUUUAAUUACCUUGUUCUCAAAACUGAAGUGGGAAAACAGAUGAAUUUAUGUUUUUAAACUGGGCAUUAUAAUAUUUUUGUGAAUAAAGAUAUUGUAUAAUGUAUAUUAUUUAAAAAGUAAUCGAUCUUCGGUUUUAUAUUCCCAUUGAGAUUUGUAUAGAAAUUUUCAUAUUCAUUUAUUUAUGUUCUCAU